CCUAGCGGGUAGAGCUCUCUGCGCGACCCGGCGACCCCACCGGCUUCCUCGGCCACCAUGCCGCGCUCCUUCCUCGUUCGGAAACCCUCCGACCCCCGCCGGAAGCCCAACUACAGCGAGCUGCAGGACUCUUCUUUGGAGUUUACAUUCCAGCAGCCCUAUGACCAGGCCCACCUGCUGGCGGCCAUCCCGCCACCCGAGGUCCUCAACCCGGCCGCCUCGCUGCCCACCCUCAUCUGGGACUCGCUCCUGGUGCCCCACGUCCAACCGGUUGCCUGGGCCUCCUUUCCGCCCCGGGAGAGCCCCAAGGCGGCAGAGCUGACCUCCCUGUCUGACGAGGACAGUGGCAAAGGCUCCCAGCCACCCAGCCCACCCUCGCCGGCCCCUUCCUCCUUCUCUUCAGCCUCUUCCCUGGAGGCCGAAGCUUUCGCUGUUUUCCCCACCUUGGGCCAAUUGCCCAAGCAGCUGGCCCGGCUCUCGGUGGCCAAGGACCCCCAGUCUCGCAAGGCCUUCAACUGCAAGUACUGUAACAAGGAGUACCUCAGCCUGGGUGCCCUCAAGAUGCACAUCCGCAGCCACACGCUGCCCUGUGUCUGCGGGACCUGCGGGAAGGCCUUCUCCAGACCCUGGCUGCUGCAGGGUCACGUCCGCACCCACACUGGCGAGAAGCCCUUUUCCUGCUCCCACUGCAGCCGUGCCUUUGCUGACCGCUCCAACCUGCGCGCCCACCUGCAGACCCACUCCGACGUAAAGAAGUACCAGUGCCAGGCGUGUGCCCGGACCUUCUCCCGGAUGUCCCUGCUCCACAAGCACCAAGAGUCCGGCUGCUCCGGGGGCCCGCGCUGACCCUGCCACCCCCGUUUCCCUCCCAGCGCUUCCUGGCUCCCUAAGGAAGGACCCGUCCUCCCGAGCCCCGGUGUCUGGCUGCUUGGGUCCUGGACUCUGCCGAGGCCACUUCCGGUUCUCCUUCGCUCCACGGCUGUUCAGGUGCCUAUUUCUGCAGACAGUGUACGCAGGGCCUUCUGCCUUGGAUUCCUCCCAGCAGCCAGCUCGGGAGCACCCUCCCCCCCAGGCCUCUGUGGGUGUGUGUAUCCAGAGUUGGGUACCACUGCCUGAGCCACAGGACAAAAGCCAACCCACUGACUGGGAUGCCCCCUCCCACUCACGGGACCCCCCACCCCAGAAACCUUCAGGUCGCUUUCCUGGAGGUGUGAAAAGCUAUGCAAUAAGCCCUCCCCAGAUGUGUGCAUGGGACCUUUCAAGCUGGUCGCUGGACAGACAUGGGGUGUGUCUAGACCUCCAGGUGCCCCUGGGCCUGGGCCACUAUUCGAGAAUCUUGUCUUCCGGACACGUGUUCAGUGGCAGUUUAACUCAAGGGACUGACUGAUGGCCAUCCCUUGCUAGGGGCCAAGUGGGGUGCUUCUGCCUGACCAAUAUGUCUCCCAGAACUAUUUUGGGGCCCAAUAGGCGGGCCUGGGAGGAAGAUGUUUACAUUUUUAAAGGUACACUGGUAUUUAUAUUGUAAACAACAUUUUGUAUUGAAACAUUUUGUAUAGUUAUUUGUACAGUUUAUUGAUAUUCAAUAAAGUGGUUAAUUUAUAUACUAAAA